AUGCGCAUACUAGAAGUGCAAAUUCGCAACACAUUCACUAUUCUGAAGCUCGAAUUGUUGCUUUGCCUCGAGUCUGAAGGAGACGACGAUGCGUCUCAAACAAGCUCGGGAACCGAAACAGAUCAAGAUUCUGAGGAGGCUACCUCUGACUCUGACUCUGAUGAUAUCUCUUCACAGUCGAGCACGGAUUCACACCCAACAUAUGAACGUGACAUACUAUAUGACUCGCACGUUUACCGCCCUCCUUUAUCCGAAGCAAAGUAUUAUCUCUCGAAACUGUGUUCCCUUCUCGAGGCACGGGUCAACCCUCUUCUUGUGCCCAUUGAGUUGGCAGACGGCACCCAAAGCCAGCGCUACCCGCAGCUAAAGCGACUUAUCCAAUACCUUGCUGACCCAAAUUCGCUAACACAGUUGGAGUUAAUCCCAACGGGGAGAUGCACAUCGACGGAGUUCUUGUUCAACAUUUCAGAUAAUUUAACGACUGCAAAUGCCUUCCUCGCUUUCAGCGGCCCGGAUAAGAAGCCACUCAAGCUGUUGCCGAAAGAAGUUCGACAAAAUAUGCUCAUAGAGACCGAGCUUCUGGGCCGUUUCUUUCUUUCUUUCAACAGUUUCGUUGACAGGUUGAAGAUAUCGAUAGCCUCUCUGGAUGACUUUGCUACACGUCCGAAUGAAAAGGUCGUCUCAAGUCAAUCUUACGCUUCAUUCACGCUUUUCCGGAAGUUCUCUCAGCAAGCAACCACUGCUUGUCGUGCUGUGGCGUCUCAAUUCGGUUCUUGUGACCGCAAUACGGUAGACCACAAGACGUUACUCCAGCUCCCGGGAUGGGAAGAGGUAUCGAACCGGGAUUCGAGGGGCCCUACUGAGGACCCGUCGAUUCGGCUAUUCUUCAGAAUGUGCUCACAGAGCAAAUGGCAGGCAGCAAGAAUGUAUUCUCUGCUGCCUGAGCAUACCAUACGCUGCAAGCAGCAAGAGCUCUGCACCGCCCUGACCAAUUCUUACAACCAGGACUGUGAUCUAGAUUUCUACGUCCCAAAAGACGAUGCAGAAGCUAGCGGUAGAGUAAUACCGAUUCACGUUCCAUAUAGGUCAAACAGGACGCGAAAGUUUGGUGCCAGCUUUCCAAAUCAGAAGCAGAGCCUCUGGACUAUGAUCAAGCAAGGCUACUUUGCUAAGGAAACCAGUCUGAGCUUAUUAUAUGACACCGAGUAUGCAGGCAAGACGCUGGAGUUCGGCCAGCGUAAAGCUCUGGCAACUAGGCUUGUGCUCGGCUUGAUGAUCUGUUUGGAUUCCAACGACGUCUUCGAGUCCUGGGACCCGAAGCACAUUUAUUUCUUAGAGCCCGUAGAUACCCAGCGCACGCCAUUUGUGUCAAUCACCAGAAAAGGGGGCAGGAAAACCCACCAAAUCCGACCUCUGCUGUCCGAGCUACGUACUUGCAGUGGCGACGAAGAUGACCCAAGACCUCUGCCCCAGUUCGCAUUGCUGGCCAAGGCAUUGCUACAAAUCGCCAGCGGAGACCGUCUCGAGAAUGUCAAGAUAGCCAGGCCGUCUGGGCCGGCCUUUCGGGAUGAGUGGAAAAAGCUCCGAAGAUUAUUGGAUUGGUACACCCAGAACGUGACCUGCGGAACAGAGGUGGAUCUACAGAUAUUGCCCUUGUUGAUAGCAGCUCAAGGCUGCCUAGAAUUCCAUCUGGAGUACCGAAACCGUCUAAGGGAAACGCAAUCAAGCCAAAAGAUUGAUAUUGCGCGGAAAGUAGUCUUCGACACGAUCCUGGUCAAUAUCGACGACAGCCUAACGCUGAAAAGUGUAGUGGGAUCGAGCCUUGGCAUCCUCACUGAUACACAAGCCCCCUCAGUUUCACGCCUUUCGUUGGCGCAGGAUUUAUUGAAAUCUUCGAUUCCGCGGUUUGGUGUCUUGACAGUGCGGCCAAGUCAACCUAAAGUGGCGCUAUUCGACUCGAAACAGGACACAAGGCCUUCAACUGCCGAUGAUUUCUGGAGACUCCUCGAUGAAUUCCAUAGUUCCUACUCAAACUCUGUCACUAGUCGCAUCAUGAAUUCAGAGGUGGAAUCACCACGGCGGAUCCGCAUCGCAGUGCUUGACACUGGAAUUGACUUCGCACAUCCAGGCAUACGAGAAGCCAUGGACAAAGGACGCAUGAAGAGGGAGUGGUGCCAUAGUUGGAUCGGCAGUGAGACUAAAGAUGACGACAAUGAAUUGCACGGGUCAAGCUGCGCGUUUCUCCUGCACAAGGCCGCUCCUGAAGCAGACAUUUACGUUGAGAAGGUGUUUCAAAAAAACGCCGUGAGAGAUUACGAAGCCAAACACAUAGCCAAGGCCAUCGAACACGCAGCAAAUACCUGGGACGUGGAUAUAAUCUCGAUGUCUUUCGGCUUACGGCCUCCCACAGCCCGGGAAGACGGUGACAAAGUUGAAGAAGAACGAGCUAUGAAAGAGUAUGAACAAAUCGUUGACGACAUCGAAAAUGCAAUUGUAGAUGCCUCCAUCCGCUCACGCCGACUUAUGUUUGCAGCGGCCUCUAACAGCGGCAAGAAUGAACCGUGUGCUUUCCCAGCGAGGUUCUCACAGGUCUUUUGCGUUCACGCCUCGGAAGGCAACGGAGAAGAUGGUGGUAUUAACCCAGAAUUGGAAACAGGGUUUAACUUUAUGACACUUGGUAUGGGGUUGAAGCUGUUGGAGAAGAAGCCAGGCGGGCCUUCAGGCUACCGGAAAGCGAUUAAGUCAGGAACAUCAUUCGCGACGCCCAUCGCUGCCGGCAUAGCUGCUACAGUCUUGGACCUCGCAACACGUGUGAGAGAAAUCAAACCUCGAGCGAAGAACAAACUCAAGAGGCAUGAUAUGAUGGAGAAGAUGCUGCAGAUGAUGUCAAGUCCCAAGAAUGAUGUCCGAGAUCGGCUGUGCUAUAUGGCGCCAUGGCAUCAUUGGAAGAGUGGCUGGCAAAUGAACGAGACUGAACGUCGACUCGUUUGGGACACCAUCAAUAGUAAGCUAUCAUAG